UUUUCCGUUUUUUAUUUAAAUUUAUUGAUUUUAUUAAACUGUAUGAAUAUUAAAAGAAAAACCAAAAAAUGACUACCUGCACAUUUCUCUUUGACAUAAUUGUGACAAAUAUUAAGUCACCCAGUAUAAACACUCAAGAUCUCAAGGAACUGCUAAUUGGUGUCAAGUUUAACAAUGUAUCGAUACCAAUAACUGCGAGCAGGAUCAAUGUUACAGAUUUCAAACCCAAUUCUGAGACUGCGGUCACUGUGAGCCCGACGGAUCUCCGCCAAACUCUCGAAGAAUGUGGAAUACCUAUAUCUGUGAUGUACAACGGUCUUCUUCUCGGCAUUGGACAUCUACGUUUGCGCAAAGAUUUCAUUGAGAGCAUCAAGGAAGACAUGAGUGAGCUGAUACAAGUGGAUUCCUGCACAUUUAAAUGGGAUGGGCAAGUUAUUGGCGCGCUUGAGGUGCUCUACCGACUAGUCGUGAAAUGUGAGGAACAGAUAGUCGUUCAAAAUAUUUUCAAAGACAAAAGCAUCAACGAAGAGGAUAUCUUAUUUAUUGUGAGCGAGUCCCAGAGAUGUCCCAGUUUCUGCGAUCCUUGCCUUGAUGCAUUUGAAGAUGCCGAGACUUUGAAAUUUGGUAUACAAAACUUUGGGAGUUUAAAUGUCAAUGACCCAAAGCCUUCGGUAACAUUUCUCCACAACCCAGUUAGUGACGCCGCAUGUUGUGAAAUAAAGAAAAUGGCACAGGACUGUGAGGAGACAGUUGACUUAAUCACAAGGUUCUCUGGCCAGCCAAAGGCUUUGAAGCCUCCUUGCCGAUACCCACCCAAUUUAAACAGUCCCUGCAAUGUUCCUAGUCAGCGCCAGCCGAAGGUUACAACCCUCCUACCAUGUUUCACCUGCAUACCAAUGUCAGAUGGUGGCAACAAAAAUACUCGUGAUCCGGCACUGAUAACCGGAACGAUCAGACGCAACUGUCCCGAUUGCCAGGCCAAUAUGACAUGGCUGCCGCCACUAGCCGCCUGUCCGAAAUGCGGAGUACAACCAAUGGCAUUUGUAAUGGAAUCCAACAAUCAGCCAGCAGCCGACGAAAUACUGAUAGAAAAUCUAGGCAAAUCACCAGAUACCUCUAUGGAUGUCUGCGCGGAUUUCAUUGAUAAAACAGGUAUGGAAGAGACCGUAACAAAUGAAAACAGAUGUCGGUGCACCUGCAAGUUCGAAAAACUCUGUGCCUACUGUCGAGUACGAAAUAUGUGUGCGGAUAUAUUUCAGUCCAAUGAGAAACCGGUUUCCGAGAAAGCCGAGGAAGACAACGAGAUUUCUAAAGAUAUUUGUGCUUCAAAUGCUGAGUCAGAUGUGUUUCGCCCAUUUCUAUCACGUGUAUUCUCCGAAUUAGUUAUUCUAAAUUAUAUCAAAACCGUAAAACCAACUGAGAUUGCAGAGCAAAGCAUUCAAAAAUCAACCUCGAAAGAAAAAGAGCCCCACAUAAAUAAGAACUCGAUCUCAAUCGCCGAGCGUAGAGAGCUGACCAGGCAAAGAAUUGCUAGAAAAGCUGUGAAAAAGUCCAUGCGAUCCAUCUCGCCCCGUCACGGAUGGGAUUGGUCAUCCAGCGAGGAGGCACGUAAGCAUGGCUGGCGACCAGGCUUCAUUCGCAAGCCGAUUAAAAAGCUUAUGAAGUUUUUUUUGAAACACUCACCAGAGAAAUGCAAGAAGGCAAGAGAAGCAGAAAUGGAAAAGGAACGCCAGUUGCCCAUUCUUAACUUCCGCAAAAAGAAUGGCGAAAUCUUCAUAACACUGCGGCCACUCAAUAAUACAAAUGUCGAUAUGAAGCCCAUUGUAUUUAAGCUGGUCAAAAGCGAUCUUGCUGUUGCUCUAAGAGAGAUCAAGAGCAAGUUGAAACGUAAAGGUUUCCGUAAAUGCACUUGCCAUCAGACGUUAAUGAUGUGCGUAUGCCGCGACAACUUCGAGAAGAAACAUCUCGAACUCGCACUGCAAAAGGAGUGCAAACGCCGUGGCAUCCAGAAUUGCGUGGAACAUCUGGUGCUCACAGACACCAGUGAGAGCGAAAUGGAGUUCAAUUUCGAUAUGACACCGCCGGCGGCCAUGGCGAAUCGCGACUCGCCACCUAUGCGCCGUCUCUUCAACAACGGUACACAGACGGACGAAGCUGAUUUAGAGGUGCCACCGAGACAUCCAAGCAGCUACCGACCCAAUUGGCGGGCUUAUGAUUGUGGUGCAAGCGGGCGAUACACGGGCACUGCAUUUGGUGCACCCGCUGAAGAAGUAUUUGAGGACGGGGUCUUUGGAUAUAGGGGCGGUGGUCCACACGGUACGGCAGACGUUCCACAUGACAGCUCUAAAGGCGGCCCAUUGCGCGUAGGUGGACGUGGCCGUGAAUGGAGCACUCCUGGCGGGGAGACAUUCCCCUAUGGCAAUAAGAAAAAACCGACAGGCGGAAGUGACCCCAUUCCAGUUAAGAUGACUAGACGAUAUUAUCAGGCUAUUGAAAAUGCUGCCGAAGCUGAGAAAAAAGCCAAGGCGGACGCGGCAGAAGCUAAGCGGAGGGGCCCCGAUAUGAUUAAAUAUUUAAUCAAAACUGGCACUAUUCCCAAGCCCUGGAACCCGAAUGAUUAUGCCUAGAUAUACUACAUUUUAUGUUUGGCUAAACGAGAUUUUAUACAAUGUUUUACCCAACCCAACACAACAAUAUCACUAUUUUUAAAGAUUUAAUAAUAAAGAUUUGUUUGCCACUAA